AUGCCCACUGCUAACCCUAGCCGCACCCAGCGAUCUCUCCCUCGAUCCAUCCCCCUCGUUCCCUGCCAGCGCCGCCACCACGCAACACGCAUCGCUCAAACCCGGGACCCAAUCCCCAUCUCCUUCCUCGCGUCGCCAGUGUGCUCCUCCCUCAUCUCCCUCGAUCCCACACAGCGCCGCCGCUCCUCCUCGUCGCCCCGCGCCUCCCGGAGGGCCACCUGCGUGCAACCCCGUCGCCUUCGCCGCCCUUCUGCUACCUCGCCUCCUUCCUCUCCUCCUCCAUGGCGCCUCCCCUUCUCAACCGCGCUCGAACCCUCCUCCUCGCCGCCCCUGGAGCCGCACCGCCUCGGCCUCGCUGCCGGCAGCAGCUGCUGCUGCAUCCUCUCGCCGAGGCUGCGGCCUCGCCCUUCCUCCUCCUGCAUCGAGCGCCCCCGCUCCACCUCGUCGCGCCCGCCAUGGCCCGCGAGGCUAUCAGCAUCGCCUCCUCCGCAUCGAGCCAGGGAGUGGAGCUCCCUGCGCCCGGUCCCCUCGCCGGCUUGCCGCCUCCUACCUCUGCCGCUAGGCCUGGCUGCCGUCUUCGGCUCCCGAGCGCCUCCAUCCGCCGCCCCGACAAGCUGCUGUAGCGUCCUCCCCGUCCCUCGUGCGACCUCCUUCCAGCCAGGAUCCGGCGUCUCGAAUGCCCCCGCGACCAUGCCCUCGGCCCGUUCCCUGCAACCAUCUCCGGCCAGGGCUCCUUCGCCUCCUUGCUGCUGCCACUCGAGGGCCCUGGAGUUGCUUUGUUUUGGAUCGUCAAGACCGACUACAACUGCUGAUGCGUCAAGUACCUUGGAAUGUCUACGCCUUCGUGGAUUUCUCCAGGUUCACCGGAUGCCUAGUACGACUACAGGACCGGAACGCCUACUACAGGGAUACGCCAAGUUCCGCUCCGAACGUGUACGACUACACCCGGUGAUGCGACAAGUACCCCGACAACAUGUACCUCGACGACCCGCCAAGUACCCCUUCGGAUCGCCAUGUUCAUCUACCACUACCGUCUACAUGUACGACUACGGCCCGUGAACGACUACUUCCACUACGCCCCGUGUACCACUACUGUCGACCCUUGAAGAUUCCGUGGACGUCAAGUUCCUCGUUGUGACCCCGAACAACUACGAAACAUGUACCACUACUUCCACAUCAUCACGAGAACGUCUACUUCCCUCGACAAACGCGAACCGCUCGGAAACACUCGCUUCAAAGUUGCAGGUGCCGAUGAUUCCAGUUCAGGUGAUGCAACCGAGCUCA